AUGGCGAGGAGGCAAGUGGACAUGGCUGUCGAAGAGAUCAGAGUAGAAGUCGUAGAUGAUUUUCUCCAUCCUCCUUCUCGAUGCAAUUGCUGUUCCCUUCGGGUUCCGGAGAGCAGUCAUCCUCUUCUUGCGACUGGCGAAGUCUCGACGGGCAUAGCAGAUGCUUUCCCCGCCUUUGCAGCUUCAGCUAGCACUUCUGCUCUUCUCUCUUUAAGGUCUUCCUUUAUCGCCUCUCUGCAAAGCUUUGCGAGCACGGACGUGAGCUCUUGGUUCCCUGCGGCUCGUGCUGCUCCACGCUGGCGUAUUAGCUUAAGGAUUUUCCAAAGGCAGGCGUCUCUUGGUGGUUUUAGAACUCUCAGCCUUCUUCGCGCAGUCGUGAAGGUGUUCGACGUGCCGGUCACAUUCCUCGUCGAUGUCGUCCACUGCGGAAUCUUCCCAAAAGCCGGCUAA